UAAUAACAUGCUUAACAUUGAUCAGACUUGGUUUUAUUAUUUAUUUAUUCAUUCAUUUUGUUUCUUAUUUGUUUAUCGAGAUUCCCUUCAAAUUGAGAGAGAGAGAGAGAGAGAGAGAGAGAGAGAGAGGGUGUUUAUGGAUGGAUUAUAGCUAUAGAUGGUAGCAUAGGCUGUAAAGGGUAGAGAGAACCAAAGAGGAAGUUAGACUCUCUUCUUCUUCCUCAGCGCCAUGGAGAUUGGCAAGCUGCAAAGAAGAUACCUUGACUUCACUUCAACUCUCUUCCAUGAGGGAUUUUUGGACAACCAGUUCACCCAGCUGCAGCAGCUGCAGGACGAGAGCAGCCCUGAGUUUGUUCUUGAGGUCGUCACGCUUUUCUUUGAGGAUUCUGAGAAGCUCCUCGAUGAGCUAAGCAGGACCCUCGACCAGCAGGCUGUGGAUUUCAAGAAAGUGGACGCCCAUGUUCAUCAGUUGAAAGGCAGCAGUGCCAGCAUUGGAGCUCAAAGGGUUAAAAAUGUCUGUGUGGCCUUUCGCAACUUCUGUGAGGAAAUGAAUCAGGAAGGGUGCCUCAGGUGCCUCAGGCAAGUCAGGAAUGAAUACUUCCUGGUGAAGAACAAGCUGGAAACUCUCUUCGCGCUGGAGCAGCAGAUUGUGGCUGCUGGUGGAUCAGUCCCCAUGAUGUGGUAGAAGAAGAAGAAAAAUGGCAAGUGAGUGUUUGAGAGGUGUUCCUUAAACUUGUAAGACUGUUAACUUUGGAACUAGCUUUAUGGUGCACUUAUUCGAUGUUGAGAUUUUCAUGUUCAUUUUAAUGGUGGUCUUGCACAAGAGCAUCCAAGGAAAGGAGAUUAUAGUUGGAGAACCUGUUAAUUGUGUAUGAUGUUGGAUUUUUUGCUUGUUUAAGCUAGAUUUUUUGUAUCUGGAGAUCGAUUUUGUGAUAGAUUGGAAAUAACUAAGGAAAUUAUGUUGUCUCUUGUUUAA